AUGAUGCGUGGACACCUGUUCCUGUUGGGGCCUUGGUUUGGUAUGGCGGGGGCCCAGCUUCCACUGUAUAGUUCUUUUUGUGGGCCCCACUGUGGAUGGGAGAUGCUUCCAGAAGCGUCCCUGUUGGAGCUAGCCAUUUGAUCUUUGUCCAGCCAAUGGAUGAUUAGUAAAUUUUAAGCGGGUGGUUCUCAUGAAAUUGAGAAUUAAGUCAUCUGAGUGGAUGUCUGGGAUUGCUUGAUAGUGGGCUUUUUUAAUCCAUUACCUAUCCAAGAUGAAGUGAAUGGUCUGGAUCACUGGAAAAGGUGGACCCCUGCCAGCUGCAUGGAGUGCUGGGCCAAACCAAUACACUGCACACUACUAGUUCAGGCCAAGCAUUCGGUGUUUUUGUAGCAGGUGGUUUUGGUUUCUUAUGUUGUUGGCCUUGCUGUUUUAAGGUUCUAUUUGGACAAUACCCGGUUCGAUAUCAGAGACGGGCUUUCCUAUACAGAAAAAUGUCUCUUUUUUAUUUUUUGCUAACGGGUUUUGGAUCUCUAUGUGGAAAGAUUUUCCAAGAAUGGGGAAUCACAUCAAUGGAAAUUUAUUGGAAGUUGAGGUGAAGGUUGAGACUGAAGUUAGGGAUGUUUGCUUUGUUUUCUGAUUGUGUUGGAGAUUGGCGUUUCUUUAUUUUGUUUUGGUAAUAUUGGAGCGGUGUUUCUGUACUACUUACUAUUAUUGGAGUGGGUGGUUGUUGGGGUAUUUCUUACAUUAAUGGAGUUCAAAAUGCCUUUUUGAUUCAAUUUCUUUCAAUUGUCGAGUCCUUCAUUUUUCUUAAAUUUUACUUUUUGAUUGGUUCGGGGUUCUGUAUUGAAUUGCGGAGCGUACGGAAAGUUAGGGUUUUGCAAGCUUCGGAAUGUUGGAGUCAUUGGAGGUGGAUUUGGACUGAUUGGAGGUGGCUUGGUUUUGUGGGUGAUAUGGACAGGGAGUAGGAGAAACAGUUGGUGGUUUUGGAUCUGUGGGUUCCUGUUGCUGGUGGUGGUUUUGAGUCUGUGGUGUUGGAGUUCUUUUUGGUGGUUUUUCCAGUAUGAGUGCGGAUAGCAGCAGGAGCCCUCCGCGAGUACGGCGGAUUCGGAGCACCGAGCGUUCGUUGUACCGUGAUGCUCCAUAUAGGAGGGAUCGUCGCAGUUACAGGCAAGAUUAUCUUUGCAACAACUGUAAACGACCGGGGCAUUUUGCAAGAGACUGUCCAAAUGUCCUCGUCUGUAACAACUGCGCCCUCCCUGGGCAUAUUGCAGCUGAGUGCACCUCAGAGACUGCGUGCUGGAACUGCAAAGAGCCGGGCCAUGUUGCUGGCCAGUGCAACAAUGAUCCCAUCUGCCACACAUGCGGGAAAAGGGGCCACCUUGCUCGUGAAUGCUCUUCAUCUGUCUUACCCGCUUUUGACACCAGGCUCUGCAACAACUGCUACAAGCAGGGCCACAUUGCUGCUGAUUGCACCAAUCAGAAGGCAUGCAACAACUGCCGCCAGACUGGUCACCUUGCCCGUGACUGCCCGAAUGAACCUGUCUGCAACAUCUGCAAUGUAUCGGGCCAUGUAGCACGCCAGUGUCCCAAGUCUAGCCUUGCAUCUGAGAUCACAGGUGGGCCAUUCCGUGACAUUGUUUGCCGCAUAUGCAAUCAGCCUGGUCACAUUAGCCGCGACUGUGUGGGCAUCGUCAUCUGCAGCAACUGUGGUGGUCGUGGACACCUUGCUUUCGAGUGCCCAUCAGGCCGGAUGCUCGAUUGAGGAUUCCGCAGGUAUUGAUUUUGUGCAGAGAACUAUUCGCCUGCUCCUUUGUGGCAGGAGCCUCUCAUGAAUUUUGAAAGAGAGUUGAUUGAUUAAGUGGGGGUAGAUGGGGAUUUUAUGGUAGAAAGCUGUUGAGGAUAUUUCUUUAGUUGUAUUCCUUGUAAUGACUUUUUUGGACCCUGGAGUGCACUUUCUUUUCCU